AUGCGGAGACACCUCUCCACGCCGCAGAGUCCGUUCACGAUCCCGGUUUUUUGUGGCAUUUUUGCGUCCGUUUCCAUCUCUCUGCACGGAGCUCCCGCUAGCAAUCUCACUUGUUACCAGAUUCCCGCUCCGGUUGCCUCCGUGCAAGAGUUGGUGCACCGCUCGGGGGUUGUGGUGGAAGGGAAACUGCAGCAGGAGGGACAGGAGAACGACAUCAACCAGGAGGAGAGAGAUACUCUCUUCCAAGAACGGGCUCGGGCAAAACUCAACGAGAGCGAGGUGCAGAAAAUGGAAGAACACCUCAAAACCUCGGAGGAGUCAUUACCGAACAAGACCUCUGGCUCGGAACCCUACCAGGUCAGGGUGAAGGUGCACCAAGUAUGGGAAGUUAAAGCCGGGGGUCUGGAGAAGGAUACGGUGGUGUCCCUAGUUUGGAACCUGGAUGUAAACUGUUCGGCGCUGAAGAAGGACAGGAGAUAUAUGUUCUUUAUGGAGCCUACAAAUGACACCUCAGUGUUCAAUGCCAUUUUCCCACCUGUCGAGACCCGACGAAGCGUGAGAAAAGAUGUCAGCAAAGUACUUUGUCAGGAUUGCGCUGAACCCAGGCUGAAGGAGAUGAGGAGCGUGGAGGCUGGGGAGGGCAAGAAGACGUCCCUGAGGUGUGAGGCGAGGGCCGGAAACCCGUUGCCCAAAUUCAAGUGGUACAAAGAUGGAAAAGAGUUUGACGGCAAAAACAAGCCCAAAGACGUCAAGAUUAAAAAAAAGAAAGGUGGGAUGAUUUCGGAGCUUCUCUUCCGGAAAGCCACUGAAUCGAAUUCUGGCUCAUACACCUGUGAGGCCAUCAAUAUCCUCGGAAGUGACAAAACCAGCGGAAACCUGAGCAUCAUCAGUGCGGCCACCAGCACCACUCCCUCCUCCAAGACCUCCAGUCACAUGAAGCCAUGCGAUGAGAGCAAGAAGAAUUACUGCGUGAACGAAGGGGAGUGCUUCACUGUGGAAAUCCCCUCCAAAGAUUCCGUGUACCUCUGCAGGUGCCCAAAUGAAUUUACUGGUGAUCGCUGCCAAAACUACGUAAUGGCCAGCUUUUACAAGCAUCUUGGGAUUGAAUUUAUGGAAGCUGAGGAGCUGUAUCAGAAACGCGUAUUAACCAUAACGGGAAUCUGCAUUGCCCUCCUGGUAGUUGGCAUCAUGUGUGUUGUUGCCUACUGCAAAACAAAGAAGCAGAGGAAAAAGCUUCAUGACCGACUGAGGCAGAGCCUGAGGACAGAACGCAACGCCAUGGCAACCAUGGCCAAUGGCCCCCAGAUCUCCAACCCGCCGCCUGAAGGUGUCCAGCUUGUCAAUCAAUACGUAUCGAAAACCGUGAUCCUUGCAGAGCAUGUUAUCGAAAAGGAAACAGAAACAUCAUUUUCCACAAGCCAGUACACAUCAUCUGCCCAUCACUCUACAACAGUCACCCAUACUUCAAGCCAGAGCCGAGGAAACGGGCGGAGUGAGAGCGUGCUCUCCCACAGCCGCUCCGCCCUGGUGAUGUCAUCGGUGGAGAACAGCAGGCACACGACGCCCUCCAGCCACCGGGGACGCCUGAAUGCCACGGGGUGUGCCCGCGACCUGAGCGCCUAUCUGAAGAACUCCAGAGACACUCCUGACUCCUACAAGGACUCUCCCUACAGUGAGAGGUAUGUUUCAGCCAUGACGACCCCAAACCGCAUGUCUCCAGUGGACCUGUUGUCCCCAGUGUCCCCCCAGUCCCCGCCCUCCGAGACAUCCCCGCCCCUUUCCAGCGUGGCCACAUCGGUCCCCUCUGUGGCUGUCAGCCCACUGGGUGAGGAGGAGCGCCCCCUACUGUUCAUCACGCCCCCUCGGCUGCGGGACAAACAGCGCCAAGACCACACCCACUCCCAAUGCAGCCAAUACCAGCGCAACUCCGCCCACUACAACCACGGCCACGAAGCCCACAGCCCCCCGACCAGCCCCCUGCGGAUAGCGGAGGAUGAUGAGUAUGAGACGACGCAGGAGUACGAGACGGCCGCCCCCCAGCCGUCGAAAAAACUCGCCAACGGCCGCAGGGCCAAAAGAACAAAGCCCAAUGGCCACAUGGCCCACAAGAUGGAGUCCAACAGCGAUACAAGCUCAGAGAGCAGCAGCUCGGAGAGUGAAACUGAAGACGAACGGGUCGGGGAGGACACGCCCUUCCUCAGCAUACAGAACCCAUUGGCUGCCAGCCUGGAGUCUGCUUCCAACUUCAGGCCCACCGACAGCAGCAGGACUAACCCAGGACUCCGGCUCUCCCCGCAAGAGGAUUUGCAAGCCAGGUUAUCCAGUGUAAUAGUGAAUCAAGAUCCAAUUGCUGUAUAAAGUAAAAAAAAAAUAAUAAUGCUAAGAAUUACUUGUCAGAAGUGAUAAUAAAAAAUGUACAGUCUCCACUAAACCUUUAUUUUAUAUA